GCCAAGGCGACAACGUUGAUGCAAAUGCAAGCGCAAGCUGUGUGUGCGGCCGCAAUAAUACCACCAGUCCACCACACGGAACCGAAAUUAGGUGCACGCCCUCCUCCCCGCUCCCCUCCCCUCCGCAAUCCCCAAACCAGCGCCGAAAAUCGCACCGCCCCGCGCCGCGCCGCCACCAGACGGCGGGUUUGGCGGGUUGGGGCGCUCCCGUGGCCGCCGUUGCUGUCGCCGCGUGUCCGCCCUGGCGGUGGCGGUUGCAUGUAUGCGGGAGGGGAGAGCCAAUGGCGGGGCCGACGGAGAGAGAGGCGGCGCUGACGCCGCCGCCGCGCUUCGGCGGCAGAGGCCGGCCCGGCCCCACCCGCCCUCGUCCGGCUCGGCCGCGCCGUCUUCGUCGGGUGGAGGAGAGGGAGGCAAGAAGCAGGGGACGCGCAAGAGCAAGCGGCGGGAGCAGGUCGUGAGGGCGAUCCGGGACCGGCUGCCUCCCCCGCCCGCCUGCUGGGGCAACGUCUCGGUGGUCCGGGAGAGGAGGGGCCGGAGGGAGAGGCCUGGCGCCGACGCCGUCCGCGGCGAGGAGGAGGGGCGCUCCGGCGCGGGAACCGCCGCGCUGCCGGCGUGGUGCUGCCUCUGCCCCGAAGGGGACUGCUCGCUGGAGCCCAACCCGAGCGCCAACGGCAAGGAGGACCCCGGCCUCUGCGCCCUCAUCGAGCGCAACGACUUCUACUCCGACGACUGCAACCCGCACGCCGCCGCCGCCGCCGAAGACGACGACGACGACGGCGCGGCGAGCCCCGCCGCUGAUUUUGAUUAGGUGCCCGUCGGCCGAUCCGCCGUUCGUUGCUGCACAUUGCUGUACAAAAAGUUUUACAUCCGGAGAAAGAAGAAGGUAUACACAGGUUUCUUAUUUUUCCUCGCGUUGCGUGGCAUCCGGUCGAGUUCACCUUCCCCGUGCCUUUUCCACCGUCGGCGUGUAAAGCAUCCAUCUACCGCGUGAGAGCCAUGGGACGCGUUGGUGCCAAGAGGAAACGACGUGCGAUGGAUUUUCUCUUGCCUUUUGCAUCUUUUGUCUCAUCGCAUGCCAAUCAGUGCGUUGGAUUGACUACUACUGCUACUCCGUGAUCGCCUUUGCCAUUGUGGCACGGCGCAAGAACUUUUUCACAUUGCC